AUGAAUAAUUUACUCGUUGGUAAUAUUCAAAUAAAACGAAUUAAUUUACGAAAUUUACCAACUAUUGUUCAAGUAUGGUCUUAUCUUAUGGUAUUUGUUCCAAUAUUAUGUAUUCCAGGUUAUGCUAUUUAUAAAUUAAUAGUAACACCUGGAAAAGAUUUUGAUGAACGUCUUCAACGAUCAGUACAACCUGAAGAAUCAAUACAUGAAAAUAUUUAUUUUGAAUUCAAUGGUGAACAACAAGUAGAAGAUAAAAUUGAAAUUCUUUAA